AUGGGUGAUCAAGAGCCGCCCUCAAGCGAUCAGGCCCGCGAACCUCCCGAGGAAGCUACAUUCGCAAAGCCGGCGCUGCCGGUGAGUGCACCUUCGAAAACGACGAAUGAGGAGGCGAAGCCCGGAGAAGUGCCGAAACAACAGAAGCCGCCGAUUAAGUCACCAGGCGUCACCGCGAUUUUGAAGUACGAGCCACCGUCAUGGGCAUGCAAGCCGGAAGAAGGCGUGAAAUGGGAAAUGGAGGUGAUAAAGCAGGGCAACCACAUUGAAACAUUCGACCUGGCAAAACGCAAAAACGAUACGUUCGUAACGAUCGGCCGGAUUCCGGACUGCGACAUCAAAUUCGACCAUCUCUCCCUCUCGCGCUACCACGCAAUCCUGCAGUACGGCCUCGACCACAAGAGCGGCAAGAAAUGCUGGCAUUUGUACGAUCUAGGAUCGUCACACGGCACCAAGGCCAACCGUCAAAAAGUGCCCGAGCGCCAGUGGAUUCGCGUGCGCAUCGGCUGGGUGCUGUCUUUUGCUAUGAGCACGCGCUAUCUGAUGCUCAAGGGGCCUGAGGACGAGAAGGACGCCGAGUGGGAGCUGUCGCCCACCGAAAUGAACGAGAAGAUGAAGCGCAAGGCCGUCGAGGACAAACUGGCCGCCGAAGCCAAGGAGGAGUUCGAGCGCCGGAAGCGCGAGGAUGAGAAGGAGCAGGGCGUCGACUGGGGCAUGCGAUUCGAGGAUGACGCCGGAGAUAGCGGGCUUAUGCAUCUCGAUGGCAACGACGCGCAUCUCAUGGAAGAUCACGAGGCCUACUACCGGGACGAUCCGCGCAAAGCCCUGGCCAAAUUCUUUGACCGCGAGGGCUUCGACAUGGAGUUUACGUACUCGGAGUCGGGCGUCAACUCGAGCAACCACAAAUGGAUCUGCCACAUCGAAUUGCCCGUCGACUUGAACGGCCGCACGCUGAAGGCCUCGGCGACUGUGUCCACGUCGAAAAAAGAUGCCCAAGCUCAGUGUGCCCUAGAGGCCUGUCGUCUCCUCGACUCCCACGGUGUGCUAAGAAAAUCGACGAGCCGCGCCAAGAUCAAGAAACGCACGCUAGAGGAAGACGAUUACUACGAGGAAGACGACGAUGAAUACUUCGAUCGUACCGGCGAUGUGACCCUCAAGCAGGAGCGGCGCAAGAAUCGAGCCCUGGGAAUCACGGAGCGCGAAUCGAAGACGCACACGUACGAGUCGAUCUUGGCCGACCUGGAGAACUCAAAAAAGGAGAUUACCGAGCUGAACGAGCGUUACGAAAAACUAAAUGCCACCACGGAUCUCAAGGUCGAAGACGGGCAAGAAUCGUUGGUGACGAAGCAAGACGAUCAAAAGACGAAAACCGAAAAGUCACAAAUCCGACUUCGUCUCGCCGACCUCACCUACCAAGUGCAGCGGAUGGAGCAGCUGGCAAAGAUUGCGAAACCGGUUUCCCUUUCCGAGAUGAAAAACGCCGAGGUCGGGAAGGCCGGCGAUCGACAGGCAUUCUACCGGAAAAUGAUGCAGCUCGGAAAGAAGCAAAAGCUCGAUGAGCAGGCCGCGCAGCCUUCGACGGCCUCGCAGGGACCAGCCGGUUCAACGACAGGCUUUGUGCCGGAAGUGGAUGACGAGGUGGCAAAACCAGCUAAAGCUGAACCCAGCGCCGCCCCUCCACAAGAAUUCAAAAUGCCGAUUCCAGCGGCACGCCAAGGAAAACCGAAGGCCGAGCCCAAACCGGAAAAGAAGAAGGAGCCGGAAAUGUCGAAGAAGUUUGCCGCUCAUUUGGAGGAGCUCGAAUCGAUCAACAUGACGGAAGAGGAAAAGAAGUACGAGCAAGAGCACCACGAUGAGCAGGCCGAGAAGCAGAGGAGAAAGCGAAAUCAGCGCAGCCGCGAGGAGCGCAAGAAAGUGCUCGUCGUCUCCGGCACCGAGUAUGGCGAGGGAAUGGAGGACAAGGACGACAAAUACGCCACCUGGCUGCCGCCGGACAGCCAAAGCGGUGAUGGCAGCACGCGGCUCAACGACAAAUUCGCCGGAAGAUAU